ACGAUGUCUACUUUAUAGAAGUUAGAAGAAGAGCAUAGAAGAAGUAAGAACAAACCACAGAGACCAAAACAAGAACAAAAAUGUAUUUCGCUGCCGUAGCUUCUUCACGACAGAGCUUUUCAUCAAACACGUACGAUUUCCGACACAGUUUCAAACCCAGAUCCAAUAUUAACCUCACUCGUCCCAACUCUAUCUGUUGUAAAGCUCCUCAACACGACGACGAAGAAACUGGUUCAUCCCGGAAGAAUGAGAAUCAGUUGGCGAAAUUGGCAAUCGCGACGCUAGCGGUUGGCGUUUUGGCUUUGGGAAGCGUUGGAGAUGCGUCUGCGGCCAAAAGCGGUGGAAGAGUCGGCGGUCAAGCGUUUCGUUCUUCAGCUCCUCGCCCUCCUCCUAGAAUUAACAACCGAUCAAGGACCAACAUCUACGUGAAUCCUCAGGUUGCACCACCUUUGAUCGGUGGCUACGGGUAUGGUUACGGCGGUUACGGAUGGUCACCGUUUUCAUUUUUUGCCCCUGGUCCUGUGGUGGCAGUUGGUGGUGGUGGCGGCUUCGACGUCCUACUUCUCUUCAUGUUUUUUGGAGCCGCUUCAGCCGUGGCUAGAAACUUUUUCCGAUCAAGAAAUGAUGGAGAUGACGAAGAUGAUUAUUAGAGGGGAGAACAAAAGAGAGAGAGAGAGAGGGUUUAUGUAAUAUUUACGUUGAAAUAACCUAGUGAAAUAUACGAUUUUGUGUAUAAAAUUGUGAUGGACUAAGACGGGUUGUGAACAUUGAGAUUAGUAACUUAGACCAAUCUUAAAAAUCAAUAGAGUCGAAUUAAAAAACA